CUGAGCCCACUGCACCGACGGCGCGGCCCCGGGCCCCGAGGCGGGCGUGUCCGCGCUUAGCACACACCACCUGGCCUUGCCGGUCACUCCCAUUCGUGGCCUUGCCCUCCCGCGCUGAGACCUCGCGUCCGGCGGCUGCUGCUCAGUCCCCGGCCGGUGCUGCCUGCAGACCCCCGGCGAUGCAGCCGGGCGCCGCCUGGGCGCUGCUGGUGGCCGUGGCCCUGGGGUUUGGGGCGCGCGGGGUGCGUGGCGCGGUGUCCCUCUCAGACUUCUACCCCUUCGGCGAGGAGCACGGCGACGCCGUCACCCCCAAGCAGGACGACGGCGGCUCAGGGCUGCAGCCACUCUCGGUGCCCUUUCCGUUCUUCGGCGUCGAGCACUCCGGACUCUACGUGAACAAUAACGGGAUCAUCUCCUUCCUGAAGGAGGUCUCUCAGUUCACCCCAGUGGCCUUCCCCAUCGCCAAGGACCGCUGUGUGGUGGCGGCCUUCUGGGCAGAUGUAGACAACCGGCGUGCAGGCAAUGUCUACUACCGGGAGACCACCAACCCUGCCACGCUGCGCCGGGCCACGGAGGAUGUCAGGCGCUACUUCCCUGAGCUCCUGGACUUCUCCGCCACCUGGCUAUUCAUCGCCACCUGGUACCGAGUCACCUUCUUUGGAGGCAGCUCCUCUUCUCCUGUCAACACGUUCCAGACCGUGCUCAUCACCAACGGCAAGUCCUCCUUCACCAUCUUCAACUAUGAGUCCAUCGUGUGGACCACAGGCACACACGCCAGCAGCGGGGGCAAUGCCACUGGCCUGGGGGGCAUUGCAGCCCAGGCCGGCUUCAACGCGGGCGACGGGCGGCGCUACUUCAGCAUCCCCGGCUCGCGCACAGCGGACAUGGCCGAGGUGGAGACCACCACCAACGUGGGCGUGCCCGGGCGCUGGGCGUUCAGAAUCGAUGAUGCCCAGGUGCGCGUGGGGGGCUGCGGCCAUACAACCUCUGUGUGCCUGGCCCUGCACCCUUGCCUCAACGGUGGUGAGUGCAUCGACGACUGUGUCACCGGCAGCCCUUCCUACACCUGCGCCUGCCCUUCAGGCUUCACAGGCCGGAGGUGCCACCUGGAUGUGAAUGAGUGCACUUCCCACCCAUGCCAGAAUGGUGGGACCUGCACCCACAGUGCCAACAGCUACAGCUGCCAGUGCCCAGCUGGCUUCAGGGGACCCACCUGUGAGACAGCCCAAUCCCCCUGUGACACCCAAGAGUGUCAAAAUGGAGGCCAGUGCCAGGCAGAGAGCGGCUCUGCAGUGUGUGUGUGCCUGCCUGGGUACACAGGGGCAGCCUGCGAGACAGAUGUGGACGAGUGCAGCUCUGCCCCCUGCCUGAAUGGAGGCUCGUGUGUCAACCUGGUGGGGAACUACACCUGCAUGUGUGCACAGCCCUUCAUAGGCCCUCGCUGUGAAACAGGAAGCCACCCAGCACCUGACGCCUGCCUUUCAAUGCCUUGCCAGAAUGGGGGCACCUGUGUGGAUGCAGAUCAGGCCUACGUGUGCGAGUGCCCUGAAGGCUUCAUGGGCCUGGACUGCAGGGAGAGAACCCCCAGCAACUGUGAGUGCCGCAAUGGAGGCAGGUGUCUGGGCACCAACACCACCCUGUGCCAGUGUCCCCCAGGCUUCUUUGGGCUGCUCUGUGAGUUUGAAGUCACAGCCAUGCCCUGCAACAUGAACACACAGUGCCCAGAUGGGGGCUACUGCAUGGAGUACGGGGGGAGCUACCUCUGCGUCUGCCACACUGACCACAAUGUCAGCCACUCCCUGCCAUCGCCCUGUGACUCGGACCCCUGCUUCAACGGAGGCUCCUGUGAUGCUCAGGACGACUCCUACACAUGCCAGUGCCCGCGUGGGUUCCAGGGCAGGCACUGCGAGAAAGCCCGGCCAUAUCUAUGCAGCUCGGGGCCCUGCCGCAACGGGGGCACGUGCACGGAGGUGGGCGGAGAGUACCACUGCAGCUGCCCCUACCGCUUCACUGGGAGGCACUGUGAGAUCGGGAAACCAGACUCAUGCGCCUCCGGCCCCUGUCACAAUGGCGGCACCUGCUUCCACUACAUUGGCAAAUACAAAUGUGACUGUCCCCCAGGCUUCUCUGGACGGCAUUGUGAGAUAGCCCCCUCCCCCUGCUUCCAGAGCCCAUGUGUGAAUGGGGGCACUUGUGAGGACCUGGGCUCUGAUUUCUCCUGCCACUGCCAAGCAGGGUACAUGGGACGCCGGUGCCAGGCAGAGGUGGACUGUGGCUCCCCAGAGGAGGUGGAACAUGCCACACUGCGCUUCAACGGCACUCGGCCAGGAUCGGUGGCCCUGUAUGCGUGUGACCCUGGCUACAGCCUGAGCACCCCCAGCCACAUCCGGGUCUGCCAGCCACAAGGUGUCUGGAGUGAGCCUCCUCAAUGCCUAGGUGAUUUCUCGGGCCCUCAGGAGCGGAGCAGGGUGGAGUGGGUCACUUGGAGGAGCACAGGGCUGCAGGCCCAGGCCUGGACACCAGGUCUGGACACCAGGUCUGACCCUGCACCUCCCUCUUCCCCAUUCUGUGUGAAUCAGGGCCAGAUCCCUCAGUGGCACUGGGAAAUACUGACCUGGCCUCAGACACGGGACCCAGGGGGCAGAGAAGGUGGGCAGCAGAGAGGACAGGUGACAACCUCUGACUCCAGGCCUGGUGGUGCCAGCUGGUGGAGGGAGAAGACUGCCCUUCAUGCCAGGGAUGAGCCCUCCAGUACACAGCAUAAGAGCAGCCUGGGGGGGCACAGACAUGGCCUCCCAAGGGGCGAGUUGGGGGCUGGUGUAGGAAAAGGCCCAUACCCAGAACACAAGGUGGCUGAAGCCUCAGGGUGGUGGCACACCCCAGGGAAGCACAGAACUCCAGGGGUGUGUAGGAGCCCCAGGCCUGAGCCAGCAAUGCCCUUUCUCUGUACAGAGACAAACAAGUGCCAAGCAGGGCCCUGUAGAAACGGGGGCUCCUGCAGGGACCUCCCAGGGGCCUACGUCUGCCAGUGCCCCGAAGGCUUUGUUGGCGUCCACUGUGAAACAGAGGUGGAUGCCUGCGAUUCCAGCCCCUGCCAGCAUGGAGGCCGGUGCGAGGGCAGUGGUGGGGCCUACUUGUGCGUGUGUCCAGAGGGAUUCUUCGGCUACCACUGUGAGACAGUGAGUGAUCCCUGCUUCUCCAGCCCCUGUGGGGGCCAUGGCUACUGCCUGGCCAGCAAUGGGUCCCACAGCUGUACUUGCAAAGUGGGCUACACGGGCAAGGACUGUGCCAAAGAGCUCUUCCCACCAACGGCUCUCAAGGUGGACAGGGUGGAGGAGAGUGGGGUCUCCAUCUCCUGGCGCCCUCCCGAUGGCCCAGCCACCAGACAGGUGCUGGACGGCUAUGCGGUCACCUACAUCUCCACUGAUGGCUCCUACCGCCGCACAGACUUUGUGGACAGGAGCCGCUCCUCACACCAGCUCCGGGCUCUGGUGCCAGGCAGGGCUUACAACAUCUCUGUCUUCUCCGUCAAGCGCAAGGCCAGCAACAAGAACGACAUCAGCAGGCCAGCCGUGCUGCUCGCCCGCACACGCCCCCGCCCUGUUGAAAGCUUGGAGGUCACUAACGUGACGGCCAGCACCAUCUCAGUGCAGUGGGCUCUGCAUAGGAUCCAUCACGCCACUGUCAGCGGAGUCCGAGUGUCCAUCCACCACCCUGAGGCCUCCAAGGACCAGUCCACUGAUAUGGACAAGAGUGUGGACAGGUUCACAUUUGGGGCCCUGCUGCCAGGAAGGAGAUACACUGUCCAGGUGACCACCCUCAGCGGGCUCUGGGGUGAGGAGCAUCCCACUGAGAGCCUGGCCACUGCCCCAAUGCACGUCUGGACCCGUCCUCUGCCUCCAGCUAAUCUGACUGCCACUCGGGUCACAGCCACCUCUGCCCAUGUAGUGUGGGACACCCCCACUCCAGGUGACUUGCUCGAGGCUUACAUCAUCAAUGUGACCACCAGCCAGAACACAAAGAGCCGCUAUGUCCCCAGUGGGAAGUUGGCAUCCUACACGGUGCGUGACCUGCUGCCCGGGAGGCGCUACCAGCUGUCUGUGACAGCUGUGCAGAACACAGAGCAUGGCCAGUUGCACAGUGAGCCCGCCCACCUCUACAUCAUCACCUCCCCCAGGGAUGGUGCCGACAGACGCUGGCCCCAGGGAGGACACCACCCACGGGCGCUCAGGAACAGGCCGCCCCCUGUGCGCCUGCCAGAGUUGCAACUGCUCAACGACCAUAGCGCCCCUGAGCUGCUCUCCCAGCCCUCCAGGUUCUCUGAGCUUGUGGACGGCAGAGGAAGAGUGAGUGCCAGGCUCGGUGGCUCCGCCCAUAAGCCAGUCCCCACACAACCACAACCCACAGUCCCGGUGCAGCCUGAGAAUGUGGAGGAGACCCCCAAGCAGGUCAGCCUGGCCCUGCAGCUCCCUGAACACAGUGACAAGGCCAUAGAAACUGCCCCAGGGAACUGCUCAGGAAGCCCCUGUCAGAACGGAGGCACAUGUGUGCAGGGUACUGGGACCCACAGCUGUGACUGUGCACCGGGCUUCAAAGGCAGACGCUGUGAGCUCGCCUGCAAAAAGGUGCCUCGCCCCUGCACUCGGCUGUUCUCGGAGACAAAGUCCUUUCCAGUCUGGGAGGGUGGCAUCUGUCACCACAUGUAUAAAAGAAUCUACAAAGUUCACCAAGACGUCUGCUUCAAAGAGAGCUGUGAAGGCACAAGCCCCAAGAAAGCCCCAAACAGGAAACAAAGUAAGAGUCAAACACUGGAGAAACCCUAAGGUAUGUCCCCGGAACCCACCCUCCCUGCCUACCACAGAGCUGCUGGAUGUGGGGGAGGUGGCCCUGCCCGGCCCUGGGCUCUCAGGGCUGCUACCUCCUGAGCACCACUAAGGAGAGCUCAGUGUGCUGCAGGGUUACAAGCUCCAGGGCCAGACAUAAACUUGGAUCAGCCAUGGAAAAACACAUCUCCAAGUGGAAAUGUGUCUCUCUGGGUGGGGAUAAGUCCCACUCUCUCAAGGGAUAUGUAGCCAUGAACCUUCUGAUCAGCUUCAGUGGGAGGAGGGAAGGUGGCACAGAACUGCCAAACCACCUUUUGGGGGUCAGUGGAAGAGCCUGGGAUGCUGCAGAUCCUGGGGGUGCUGGGAGGGAUCUUAUCGUCCCUGUGAAUGGCAUCCUGUGUGAAGAAAAAUGAUCAUGUAACACAAAAAGUCCUGAAGAUAGUCUCUCGCUAGGAAAUUCACAAUGGACAGCAGACUCCUAGUCAUAAAUCCUGAAGUGAAAGAAACGUUUUAACUCUAUUUUUGUUUAGCCCAGAAUUCCCCAAACUUCUUUGGCAACCAGAUCCCCAUCCUGCCCCCACCGCCCCACAUGCAAACUCUGUUGAAUCUUAAAGAACAGUGGUAUUCUUCACAACAGUUUGGAAAUCCUUGGGUUAAACUGUAGAAACCUACAGCCUAUAAUCGGUUUCAUGCCAAGUGAAAUUUCUUCUCAACAUGUCACCAGGAAUGAAAGACGAAUUUCUGGUUGGCCUAAGACAACUCACACUCCUUAAAGGAGUGUAAACAUCAUCUUCCUGGUGCCGAAGGAGAGGAAUGGGGCACCCUCGUGCAACAAAAAUCUUCUUACGUGGCUAAGGAAACACAGGAGAAAUGUCGCUCAGAGACCUUUAAAAGAACCAGAAGCAAGGGAGCUCCUCAGGCAAGGUCUGCCCUGAAGGAAGAAUGCCCAGACCAGCCAGGGGUGGAGGGCUACAGCUCCAGGGCGCCCAAGUCACCACAAGGGUGACCGUGGGCAUCUGUUUGUUCCCUCUG